UGCAAAAAUAGGAGCGGUGCUUGGCCCAAGUGGAACUGGUAAAACAACAAUCCUCAACGAAUUCGUGAACCAUUUUCGUAGCUGGAGCGAGAUCGAGAAUACGAAUGCCAACGGUUGUUUACUUUUUUCAAACAGCGACGCACAAAAGGGAGGCGGGUACACCGGGCCGCGGUACCUCAUCCUACAGGAAAGCGAUCUUGAGACGUCAUGGAAAAGAGGGGUGCCUGUGGAGCUGCAGUUCGUCCUGGAUCAUCGUGUUCCCCUCUGUGCUGAUGAAGAAAUACAAAGCCUCCUCUUCGGCGUCUGUGGCUUGCCGCGAUUAUGCAAAUCUCGAAGCUUCGAAACACUGUCAACGAGCGAACAACACCGAGCCACCGUUGCCCGACUCCUGUGGCGUGCACGCGGCGCGAUCAUGAGGUCCCACACAUCUGCUGCAACAGCGAGAAACGUUCUUGUCAUCGUUGACGAGUUCACCAGUAGCAUGGAUCGUGAAGCUGCGCACAUGUUUGCAUCCUCGAUUGGCUCUUUUCUGCGCAGCUUGAGCUCACAAGUUCGGCCUGCACCUGCUGUAGUGGCCGAUGAGCUCGCGUCCCCUAACGCCGGAGGUCUAUCGCUCAUCGUCGCGGGACUUUUUGAGGACAUUCUGGCGCCAUUGCGGCCCGACUGGUGUCUACAUUCAGAAACCGGUGACAUUUCUGUCCUGCCGAAGACGAACAACAUUCCUACAAGAUGUUCAUCUACAGGAAUAGAUGCAUGUGCAAGAAAUAUCGACCAAUACCCGAAAGUUGCAAUUCGUCCCCAUCACGAGAAGGAGGAUCUGAAGAAGCUUUUGAAGGAACCUGAAAUGGAAUUCGUGGUGAACUUCAUCGAAGACCGCGAAGUCGGGCGUAAUGUUUGGGCGAAAAUUUUCGAGCAGCACCACUACAUUUAUGCCGAUACGCACAAAUUCAAAUACCACAUCAUCACCAGGCAACAUAGUCUUUUAAUCGAGUUCCUACAGCGACAAGUCAUGACAUCAUGCUACAACUAUCAGCGUUAAUUGAGUUCCGACGAGCACUAUUUGCCACGACCUGUCUGCACGAAGUGUCUUAGCAGUUCUAAUUUAUGUCCGGAAGCUUACAAAGUAAUGGGCUCUACUUUCUGUGCCGGGAGCGGCGGUCGCAGCGCGCAGUGGGCUUUGUCUCUUCGUGUCACUUUUUCGGAACCAGCCAAGCAACGUGCAAAUGGAAAUUUCGGGAAAAUCGCUUGGUAGUGUUGCCUCAGUGGCAAGGUUUUGGCUUAGGCCCACGACUCUCCAAUGCGGUCGCGCAGGCUUUUUUGGAUUCCGACCGCAUAUACAGCUCUGUAACCGCGCAUCCACGGCUCGCUGCGUACCGGGACCGUCAGAGUGCUACUGGCGGGCUGUGGGUAGUGACCAAUUCAUACACGCAUGGCAAAGUCCAACACGACAAGAAAAGCAUGGCGCAGAAGGUAAAAGAACGGAGGCUCAAGGAGAGACAGCGCGUUGAGGACGCAGGCGAAACAGGUGCUUCACCUGCGAAGCGAAAACCUGGGAGACCGCGGAAGGGCUCCGAGUCCGUGGUUGCUGCGCCACCACCUACGAAGGGUCGAAGCCGAAGGACCUACUCACACACCUAUCGGGGACCCGAUCUUGAACGGUACAAACAAGUGAAGGAGAAUUUCGAGAAAAUUCGUGCGGCUGAAAAAGAUGGAAAAGACCGCACAGCGGGCGGCGCAGGGUCAAAUACUGCGCUCUUCAUCAAAGCCAGCGCUGCACCCGCCACCAGUAGCACAAGUUACAACCAGCCCGCGGGCGCGCAGGAUGUGGGCGGAGGGUCACCAGGUGUCGAGAACAUACUCGACGAGGGGUCAGCUACAAAGCGACGUCGAAUCGAUGAAAGAGAAUCCGAAUUUCCGUCAAAUGCAGCUGCAUCUUCACAUCAAGGUAUUCUAGACAUUUCUGAUGCAAGUACUUCUUCGAAGGAGAAUUUUUACAGUCCACUGUCCUAGUACUUCUUUCAUUCUUACUCCUCCGGGUAGUCGCGGUAACAUCGAUGCGAAACUGCGCACCAUGGCAUGAUGCUUCUACCUUACUAGCUUGGAGCGCCCGAUAACAACCCCUCGCACUAGGAUCCCCCUCCUCCCGAGGUAACCCAGGGAACAGGCAAGGCAGCGAUUUAAUCUUAAACGGUUUCGCUGAGAUUCAAUCUCUUGGAUUUGAAUUUCUCAAAUUUCGAAGCUUUCCGCGUAAUUUUGUCGCUUCGGGACGGAUUAAAUUCGCUGGAUUUGAAUUUCUCCAAUCCCGAAACUUGUCGACUUUAAGCAUUUUCUCUGCCGCUCAAUUUCCUGGCUUCGAAUUUCUCAAAUUUCGCAGCUUUCGUCAUUAUUUUGCUCCUUAGGGAUUAAAUUCGUUGGGUUUGGAUUUCUCAAGUCCCAAAAUUUUUGAUUUUACGCCUUUUUUUUCUGAAAUUAAUGCCCUGGAUUUAAAUCUCUCAAAUUUCGAAGCUUUCCCUAUUAUUUUGCCCCUUGGGGAUGGUGGAAUUCGCUGGAUUUCGAUAUCUCAAAUCCCACAAUUUUUGCCUUUACGUUUUUUUUUUGCGAUUCAACUUCCUGGAUUUGAAUUUCUCAAAUUUCGAGGCUUUCCGUGUUAUUUUGUCGCUUUGGGAUUGAAUUCGCUGGGUUUGAAUAUUUCAAACCCCAAAAUUUUUGAUUUUAAGCAGUUUCUCAGGAGUUUAGGAGUUCGUGAGUUCCUGGGUUCGUGGGUUCAUGGGUUCCUGGUUUGUGUCUCCAAGGUUUGAGGCUUGGGAGUUUUUGUGUCGGAGGUUGAGGGUUUGGGUGUUGGAGGUUCGGGUGUUGGAGGUUGAGGUUUCGGAGGGGAAGUGUUUUCUGAAUUUUGUUGCUCUCAAUAUUAAUAAAGUCUCCGACUCCAUCUCCAUCUCCACCGGCACCGCCUUCGCCAUCCAGGUCCUAAAAAGCACUCUGACAAGACGAUGAAUGGUUCUUCUACACCAAUUAGAAGUGUAUAUUCCCAAGAUCCGUCCGCAACGGUGUCGAAGAAUCAGAGUCAUGAAAUGAAGAAGAAGGCGUUUUUUUUAAGCGAUAUCUUCAAUAUGGACGUGGACCUCGCGUACGACAUUUUGGAGGAGUUCAAGGGCGAUGUCGAACAAGCGGUCCAGGUGAUGGAGGAGAAUCGCAUGUGCGAGGUCCCAGACGAAAGCGAGUCUUUAUUGAGCCUAGUACCAGACAGUCGCUUCCUUAUUUUUUCUCAUCCUAUGUUCUUUAAUUGUGGAAGUGGGUAGAAGUAGUUCUAGUACUUGUGUUUUUGGUUCAAGAACUACGAGCGCCUCAUUAUGGACGCAUUGAUAGAAAGUUUCCAGCUAGUACAAGGAUUCGACUGCCGCGAUACCACUAAUUAUGGAUGACGAUGAGCCGAUACUCAAUGUGCUCCUACGACGUCCUGGCGCUCCGAAAGGAGGGAAGUCAUCAACCUCUGGGGCUGCUCAUACUGCUGGAGCACCAGGAGCAGCGUCUUCAUUUUCAUCAAGAAGUACUAGUUAUUCAACACAUCAUGACCGUUUGCUUCAUCUUCACCAAGGUGGAGCAGUGACGAGGAACUACGACCAGCACCACAAUUCUACCACAAGUAGACAGUGCUCAGGCGUAGUUGCAGGCUCCUUCUCAUCAAUCGCACACGCGCUCACCCAACGCGAGAAGGACUGUCUAGAAGAGAUGCGUCGAAAUUUUGCUCCUGCGAGGUCAUCAGCAUCCUCCUCGACGAACAACUCGAACAAUUCUAAUCUUCAAUCUCUUCAUUCGAUGUACAACCCUGCAAAGGCUGAACAAUUGACGCGCGAGCAUUGUGGCGACUUCAUAGCAGUUUGUGCUGCUUACAUGGAAUGGCAAUGCGUUGAGAACCUGCGCCAAAUGUUCCCCAGGUUACCAACGGCCCAAGCGCAUAAACUCGCGCAGAAGCAUGGGAGUGACUUGGAUUUGUGCAUCCACGCGCAUCUCCAAGAGUCCGAAGAGCGCGCAGAAAUGCGAGCUAGUCAAGAAUCUUCUUGUAAUCCUAUUCCGCAGCACCGUCCGCGACUGCCUUUGCUUGAUGAUGACUCCGAUGACGAACCGCUACUAGAAGUCCGAGAGACCACGACCAGCACUAGUUAUUUUAACAUCAGCACCAGCAACAGCUUUACAUUUGCUACUUCAUCUUCUUCUAACGAUACACCUCUCAUACAAGAAUUACUUUAUCAUGAACAACGUCCAACAGGCAAGAAAGAAAAAAUAGCAGGGGAACUAGAUGAGGGAGCGACGACUAGUUUUGUUUCGCGCGACAUUGAAAUGUUGGCUGCAGACGCAGACCCUUUUGGAAUUCCAUCCAGCAGCAGCAGCAGGCACAGCGCUUUCCCAGCAGGGCUUGUUGCUUUGUCGGCGCAUCGAGAGGAUACGAUCCGUUUAGGCGAGAUCACUUCUCUGAGCGUCGCUGAUGCAGCGAAGCUUCUGGACCGGCACGGCCAAAAUAUAGAAGCUGCUGUGAGUGCUUUUCUGUCGGGAGCGCAUUCUGGAUAGUGGCAUGAUUGGAUAACUAAUAAUUCAAGUCCUGCACUUCUCAUGUAUAGCCAUGAUUUAUCGCUGUUAGUCAUAUUUGUAGUAUGAAGUCCCAAUAACAUCAACAACAUUUAUUCACAAAUGAGACAGAUUCAGAUUAUUUUUCCCUUUCGGGUCGGUUAGGAAGGAUUCACUCGGAUACAGUUACAGGCAUGCGAAACAAAAGCUAUCUUCACUAAAGAAUGUUGAAUCCUAUUGAAUAGAUGAAUUUCAUAAUCGGCUAUUGAAAUUGAACGCAGAAGGAUUUUCUGACUUCGUGAUUAAAUACAUCGGCCCUGUGCAUCAGCAAGUUCCAGAACAACGAAUACUUAUUCGGUCCUAAUAAAUCAUUUCCGUAUAAAGGAGGUAGAAGUAGAAAUGUCAGUCGGAUCAUUGAGAUUCUGAUUCAAGAUAUCAGAAAUAUGAAGCAAAAAGUAUUCUGCUUUAUGUUGCUGGAAAUAUAUGACUCAUUCAUCAGACGGCCACGAGAAGCCACCUCCAGUGCUUCGCUCAUCAACGUUGUCCCUCCUCCUGUACCGUCUGAAUUCUACUCGCGAGCGAAACGCGACGAAGUGUGGG